ACUUCGCCCAACGGGAAGCCGUGGCUGGACGCGAUGGUUUCGACGAUCGCUCACGAGAUCGCGGAAGCGGCGACGGAUCCCAAUGCCAGCAGCGGCUGGUUUGACGCCAACGGGGAGGAAAACGCUGAUAAGUGCAGCUACGACUACGGAGAGACGCAAACAGCUCAGAAUGUGUAUGGUGACGAUGCGGAGUACAACCUGGUGGGGCUCAACGGUAUGAAGUUCAUGGUGCAGCAGAACUGGGACGUGGCCACGGACUCGUGCGUAUCGCAGACGACCGAAUAG